AGAAGAUAAAGACGUUUCAGUGAAAGAAGAGGAAGACGCGUUUAGAGUGAAAGAGGGUGAGGCUGUUACCGUGAAAGAAGAGGAGAUUUACGUUUCCGUUAAAGAAGAGAAAGAGGUUUCAGUGAAAGAAGAGGAAGACGCAUUGAGAGUGAAAAAGGAGGAGGAUGCUGUUUUUGAAGUGAAAGAGGAGGAGGGGGAGAUUACUGUCACAUUGGAAGAAGAAGAGGAUGAAGAGGAGGAAACUGGAUAUCUAGGCCCGGUUUCCCAAACGCAUCUUAAGGCAUCCAAUGGUUCUAAUGAUGAACUUAGCCAUAAGAUGCUAUUGGGACACCGGGCCCUGAUUAAUACUAGAGAGAGACAUGACUAUCAUGGAUCCUCUGGGGAACCUCAACAUCAUGAAGCAGAAAAAAGCCUCUCCAGAUCAGAACACCCCAAGAAACACCAGCAGAGACCCACAGGGAAGAGAACUCACUGCUGCUCUGACUGUGGAAAGAGUUUUGUUUCUUCAGGAUGUUUAGAAUCACACCAGAGAACACACACAGGAGAGAAACCUUAUAGCUGUGAUCAAUGUGGGAAGAGAUAUGUUACAUCUAGCGGUCUGACUAAACACAAGAGAACGCACACAGGAGAGAAACCGUAUAACUGUAACCAAUGUGGGAAGAGUUUUACUCAGUCAUCCAGUCUGAUAUUACACCAGAGAACACACACAGGAGAGAAACCUUAUAGCUGUAUUCAAUGUGGGAAGAGUUUUACUCAGUCAUUCAGCCUGAUAUUACACCAGAGAACACACACAGGAGAGAAAUCUUAUAUCUGUGCGCAAUGUGGGAAGAGAUUCGCCUCCUCAGCAGACAUUAAAAUUCACCAGAAAAUCCACACAGGAGAGAGACCUUUUAGCUGCUCUGACUGUGGAAAGAGUUUUGUUCGCUCAGGACAAUUAAAAUCACACCAGAGAACACACACAGGAGAGAAACCUUAUAGCUGUGAUCAAUGUGGGAAAGGUUUUACUCAGUCAGGCAACCUGGUAUCACACCAGAGAAGACACACAGGAAAUAAACCUUUUAGCUGUGAAGAAUGUGUAAAGAGUUUUACUACAUCUAGCAAUCUGAUUGUUCACCAGCAGACACACACAGGAGAGAAAUCUCAUAGCUGUGAUCAAUGUGACAAGAGAUACUCUAAUAAAAGAUCUCUGAUCAAACAUCAGAAAAUACAUACAUGAAGGAGUUGUUUCAUGAUAUCAAUGAAAUAUUGUCACACUGUAGAAUGUUUUAAAUGUGUAGAAGGAGUAUUUUAAUGAUGUCACAAUGUCGUCCCCUGUUCAAUUGAUUUCAGCAUGAUAUGGAUAUUAGCCUCAGGGGAAAAAUCCAGGCUCUGAAUUGAAAGAGUACUAUUUAUGUGAUUUAACACAAAACGUGACUAACAAAAAGUGUUGUUAAACUUAACAGUGUUGCGUUCCUUUGUUUAGCGACCCCUACAUUGAAAGGCAUCACUCCAAAAUGUAGCUGACUGUCUUUUGCAGGUUGUCCUCUAACCAGUGAGGUAAAGGAUAUCUCCCAUUUCCAUGUGUUUUUUUAGUUGUGUUCAUUUCAACAGCACAUACAACCUGAUUUCCCCCCUAAUCGAUAUCAGUGAUUUAUUGCUACUUGUCAAAACAUAAGCAUUUCUGGUGCAGUUUACAAGGUGCUUGUUUUAAAAAAUACAAGUAAUAUGAUUAUUGUGGCAGAUGUUUGUGUAUAUAGCCCAUUUUAUGUUUAGGUUUUCAAUUUAUCCCAAACUGUUUCUACAUAUUGGUUAUUGAUUUGGAAACUUGUA